AGUCGAUCUUCUGAGUGAUGUUGUUUUAAUUUCAGCAAAUAGUAAAGUUUUGUUAUAAUAGUGUAUUUUGUAGCUAAAUUUUUGAAUGGUUUAGUGAAGAAGAUCCUGUUUUAUUUAUUACUAGAUUUUUCAUCUACAAAAAUACAACGUCCAACCUCGUUACUAAAAUGAUUCAUAAGAUCUUUGUGAAUAACGUAAUAGUAUUAGCAAGCCCGUAACGGAUAAUUGAAAUUGAAAUAUUGAAGUGGUUUCAUGGUAUUACGCGCGCAAGUGGAUUGUUCAAGGGCUGAUGAAGGGAUGGCUUCUGAUCAACCCGUAAAGAAAAAACAGCGAAUUGACGGUCCGGAUAUUGAAGAUGGGAGUGAUAAAUCCGCGGAAGACAUUGUUGCGGACAUCUACGAUUUGGAAACACCUCAAGCAGAACAUUCCGGUAACUUCAUAGUAAGGAAUGGUGAAUCUCCUGACAGCGGUACAGUAAGUGAAGAUGCAGUGGAUUGUUCUUCAAUAUUGAGACUUCCAAGUGAUACUAUAGAUAUUUUACCAUCUUCUAGUAAUAUCCCCAGUUGGACUGUUGCUGAUGAAAAGUUGCUCAGUGAGUUACGUUCCUUCCAAAAUGCUCUGGUUGGCCAUUGCUUAUGUGGCUUAGAUGAAAACAGUGUUCUGCAAUUAUUUGAUAGAAGAUUACACAUAUCCAAUUGGCCUUUAAAAUGUUCUCUUACAUAUCUUUCAAUAAUGCAGUUACUAUUUGAUAUAUAUUUGAAACAAAAUAACACUGGCACAAUAUGCUCAAGACUAAUGCAUACAUGUGAUAUAUUUGUUAGAAACAGGCACGACUGGAUUACUGAAGUUGUAGAAUUAUCUGAGCACAAAAGCAAAUAUGUUACUUUUGUUGCAAGCAGGUUGUUGGCUAGCUUCCUUAUUGUAUCUAAAGAUACUGUAGAUGAGAAUUGGCUUCAGCAGAUUGUUGAAAAUAUUUACUUAUUUGACAGAAUUAAUAGAAUAACUGUGCAAAAGAUAAAUUUCAGCUUAGACAUAAUUAAAAGGAUAGUUGAAUGGAAAGAUGUUGAGCAACACCCUCUGGAAGAAAAUAGUAACAUAAGUAGUUCUACCACGGUGCAGGAAGACAAUCCAUUCAGAAGUAGUUCAGGAUAUGGACAUAGUUCUAGUUCAAAUUUACCCAUAAGUUCCAGGAAUGAGAACCUGCACAGUUCAUUCUCUAACUCACAAAGUCAGAAUACACCCUCAACAUCAAACAGUGAUAGUUCAACAGCAAGUAAGCAAACAACGUUUAAACUGCAUGAGCCGGUUUUAAAGUUAUCAACUGAUGAGCCAACUGAAAGAGAGGACUCGCCUGAACCCCAACCAGCAAGAAUAGAAAGGGUUAACGAACGUGGUUGUGUUACUGUAGUCCUUACUGAUUCUGAAUCUUUUGAUACAUCACACAUUAAGUGCUUGACGAUAAAAACAUUGGAGCACCACUGGCCAGUCUUAGUGAAAAAUAUGAAGCUACUUCUGCUAAGGUACCUGAAUUUAAGUAAUGCUGAAAACUGCUUACUUACAUUUUUCUCCCUGUGGGAGAACAUAAUAAGUGUUAAGGCGAAUCUCUCGAUCAUAGAUACAAAGCCAUUUUAUGCAGAUUUACAAAGUUUUGUUGAUCUGUUACGAAAUACAGUGCUACCACCACUGAUAUACUCACACUUAUUGAGUUUAUUUAACGAGGUUUUGUGUUAUGGUUCGACAUUAGCUUUACAAGAUAUCUUGCCAGAAGAAAUUUGUAGCCUAGCACACUCUAUUGUAAGAUAUGUGAAAGAUUUUAGGCUCCUUAGUGAUGUCCAAGUUCAGACUAGUAGAAGUGGAUUUGGAUUCCUUGGCUAUGACUGCGCAGAAAUAAGAGAAUAUUCAUUAGGACCUGAAGUUUCCCCAAUAUCUACAUCAAUACACUUAGUGGAUCAAAGUUAUGGUGAAGAAGAGAAUGACAAUAAUCCAAGAAAUGAAGUUGAUAAGACAAUGCUACAGAGAAUGUCCUUGUUGGUACUUAAGUCUGUGGCUGUGACAGUCAAAGAAAUGAGGUGUGAUUCUUCAGACAGUUCAAUAGAUUCAUCUGAUUAUAAUGCCAUACAAGACAUGCAAAUUGUUGAAAGAUCUAUCCGUGAUGUAUUGAAGAAACUGGAUCUUUUCAUAAGAAAUCGCUUAGAAUUCCAUCCAGAAACACCUUUCACUAAAAUGUUGAUUCACUUAUUUAGUGAACAGGAUGACUAUCUAAUUGAAUCAAUGGUGUGCACAUUGGAUAUAACUGUCGGAAUUGUUUACAGAAAUUCUGUGUAUCCAGAUUUGAUUCCAAUGCUGAAUCCAUUAAAAUCUUUCAUGGAGUUCCUCAAUGUAGUAUCACAUGACAGUGAUGUGCUGCUAGACUAUCUGGUAAGCAAUGAAACAUGUUUCCUAUUGUACCUUUUGCGGUUUUUAAAGUAUGUUAGACGCAACUGGCCCAAGUUCUUGGAAACAUGCCAACAAUCUGAUGGUAGUACAAGAAGUCUUGAUGACACAAUGAGAGUGCUCAUAAGGCUACGGCUACAAAUAAGCAGGCUUGUAUCAAAGUCCUUGUUUCCAUAUAAUAUAAGUCCUGUACUGCGAUUACUGGAGGUUUGUGAAAGCUUAUAUGAAGGGAAUGAGUUCAGUUGAAAUAUGAUUGAGGAAAUAUUGUCGAUAGGAGCGAAUGUUUAUUUAUAAUAAACUGUAUGACCAGAAUAAUUCAGGAAUUUAUCUUAGAUUGAGAUCUUAACUAUUUAUUGGUUUGUAAUAAAAAACCAACACCAUUUCUUAUUGGUGAAUUGAAAGAAAAUAAAGGUCCUUGAGGUUUUUUGUUUUAAUGGCACCAAUUAGAGUUUAUAUACAACAGUUUUAUUUUUGUAUUCUCUCUGAAACAAAUAUAAUUUAUAAGAAAUUAAUUAACAGAAAGUUCAAUUAAAAGAGUUCUUGUUGUUUAGAUGCACUGGGUUAAUGAUAUAAAAAACAGGUUUAAUAUUUAGUGAAGAAAACUAAUUUAGCAGCAAGGUGGUCUUGUUUUGUUUAUGUAAAUGAUAAUAAACAGUAAUACCCUCUAUAAACUAUAAUAAAUUAUAGGCACCCUUAUAAAGAAUUUUUACAUUACGCUAUUUCAGCCAUGUAACGCGGGGAUUUUCUCACAUCCAUAUUUGAGUUCUGUGAAAUUUAUAAUGAUUUGUAUAGUUCAUAAUUCGCUUCGCGUACCUUGGCACAUGUGUCAAUUGUGUUCUUACAAAAUUAAAUAAUAUUUAUUAAAUUUGUUGCAAUUGCAAAUACUUGCUAUGCGAAUUGUGAUUAAUUAUUAUUAUUAUUAGGAAUUAUGAAAUCGUAAAAACGCGUCAUAUGAGAAUAGCCCUAUAAAGCGGAACCACUGUACCGCGUUAUUACCUGUACUUCUAAAUAGACAUUGUUUUUCUUUAAUUAAGCAUUUUAUUGGUAUAGAAGUCAAUUUAAGGUAAUGUUUGCCCUGAUCAAACAAAUAUGAAAUACCACAAAGACUGCAUUUUAGACUAACAUUCCAUAACUUGUUGUUUGUCUUUUAUAACUAGGAUGUAAUUAUUUAAUUUAUACUAACUGUAGUUGUAUAGAAAUAGUUUAGAUUUGUCUUCCAAUUUGUGUAAUAUAAAGGGACUAUGUACUAGAAUCCCAAGUCUGAAGAACACUUCUGAGUGCCUUGCUCUGCCACUUGUUGGACUGGGCACCCCCACAGUGAAACCUAGAUAUUAUGAAGUUAAUGCAAAUAUUUUUAUAUAUAAGAAACUACAAGAAGCUUCAAUGACAUUAAAGCAAUCAAAAUUGUUGAGCUGAAAAAUUUUUGAAACUUGCAAAAGAUCAAAGUUCCAAAUUAUUUUAUGUAGGUAGUGUUAAAUCAUGAUACUAUUAAUGUAUAUAUUAAAUUAAUACAUCUAAUAUAAAUAAUACAUGCAAGUUCUUUAAUGAUAACAUAUUGCCUUAGUUACCAUGGUUUAACAUUAUAUAUAUUAAUAUGUCAUUUAUUGAUACAGCCUUACGAUUUAUUAGUGUGGGCACCAACUAGUUUCUGACCAUUCGGAGGUCAGCAGUAUGAGAUGGGAUACCACUACACUGGUAAAUCGUGAGUAAAGCUAUAUCAAUAAAUAACGUAAAAAUGUCUCACGAAAGUUUUAAUAAUUUAAUUAUAUACAUUCACAACAUGUGCCCUAAAUGUAAAAGAAGGUGCUUAAAAUAUAUGAAACCUCUAAAAUUUUGUAUAAUAUGCAUUUUAGUUUAAUGUUUAGUGUAAAUUAAUUAAUUAGUUGUAUGCAUAUGAAAUGCGGGUAGUUCAUUAUUCAUAGUUCUUAUGUUAAAUUAUAUCAAUUGCCACUGUAAAUAUGCCAUGAAUUACAUAUUUAAAUAGGACAUAAUCAGUAUUACUGUAAAUUUGUGUGAACCAGAUUAUGAAAAUAAUUAGUUUUGUACUUUCAUUAGUGUAAUUUUAUUAUUUCACUAUAAACCAAUAGAAUUCAAAUCAAAUGUUGAAAAACGCAAAAGGAAAAUGGUAUAAUGUUUAGGAGUUUUAAAUAUUUAUUAAUUUUGGCUAUUUCUGUAAAAUUUUCUGUUUAGGAUAAUUAAUUUUUUAACUCAAAAUCUAAUUAUGUAAUGUAUAGGUGUUAUUUUUUAAUACUAAAUAAAUGUAAUAGCCGAGCAUUGAAUCUCAAAAAUAUUGAGCAUAUCAUAUUAUAUACAUCAAAAACAUAAUUCUAUUUUAUAAACACUAAAAAGGCCCGUCUCACAAAGUUUAAAUGUGUCCAAACUCCACUUAAAUAUAACAAACUGUAUGGAGUCUAGUGUUGAAUAUUGGUAAAUUGUUCAAGUUCAAAAUACUAUAAGUCUUGCCAUAUCAUUUUAAAUAAGAGACCUCAAUACUGCAGAUUAAACGCAUAUUGCCAUUUUAGUAUCUAAUUGGGAAGCUGGCAGUAUUGUACCAAUUUAAAAUUAUCAUUUAUAGAUUAAUAAAUGUAUUGCUUUAGGUAUAAUCUAAGUAUCUAUUUGUUAUGUUUAGAUAAUUUAACAUAAAUAAAAUGAAAUGUUUUUCUACAUUA